AUGAGUUCUACACACAUUGAAGACACGCCCAACACGAAGCGAGGAGUGUUAUCCGCCAUUGCUAGAUUGUUUGACCCCAUUGGUGCCCUCGGUCCGAUGCUAUUGUGGGCGAAGUCAUUCAUGCAACAACUUUGGCAGACGCAGUUAAAUUGGGACACUCCGCUUCCUCCACAUCUACGUAUAGCAUGGCGUCAAUUUUUAUCAGAGCUUCCGUCGUUGUCUAACCUUACUAUCACUCGCCAUAUUGACAUCCGAGAAUAUCAGGACGUUCAGCUUCUAGGAUUCGCCGAUGCGUCCCAACGGGGUUACACCGCGAACGUGUACCUUCGUGUGGUCCAUCCAACUGGUAAGGUUUCCGUUUCUCUUGUGAUUUGCAAGACCAAGGUCGCCCCUUUGAAGGGUAGUGAAAGGGAUGAGUCUCUUACCAUACCUAGGUUAGAGUUAUGUGCGGCCCUAUUGUUGGCUCAGCUGUUGCAUCGUCUCCACACGAAAAUCGCGUCUGUCAUUCCUAUAUCACAUGUGCGUGCCUGGACUGACUCGUCAGUUGUCUUGUCUUGGCUUACGGCGGAUCAAAAAAUGUUCAAGAUUUUUGUUACUAACAGAGUAGCCAAAAUUCAUACUUUACUUCCAAAUUGCAAGUGGUCACAUGUACGUACCACAGAGAAUCCUGCGGACCCCUCAUCACGCGGAUUAUUGCCUAGUGACCUUGUAGCUUGUACGCUGCAUUGGAAGGGUCCAUCGUUUUUACAGUUUUCGGAAGAUCAAUGGCCAGGACCACAACUCGAAACACUCAGUCUUGACGGCUUACCUGAGGUGAAGAAUCCGUCCACGUGCGUGAUGGUUGUCUGUGAAACGCCGAGCUUCGAUACCUUUCUACUUCGUUUUUCGUCAUGGUCCCGUCUUCAACAUGCGUUGCGCUUCGUUGAUCGUGUAAUCGUAAAGCGACCCACGAACACGGACGCCCUUACACCAGAUGAAUUACAGCGUGCAAUGCGACUUGCCGUUCGAGUCACUCAACGUACAUAUUUUCCCGAGCUCCUAAAACAACUGGCCAAACCCAACCACCUAGUGACGCCCUCGACUAUGGCUCAGUUAGCACCUUUUAUGGACCAUGCAGGAUUAAUUCGAGUUGGUGGUCGGUUGCAGCGUUCAAUGUUGUCUGAUGACGCGAAACACCCGUAUCUACUUCCGAAGGAAUCCCACGUCACGUCACUGCUGAUCACCGCGUUUCAUCGAAGACUCUUACACGCAGGACCGAAGCUCAUCAUCGCGAUGCUACGUCAAGAAUUUUGGAUUGUGUCAUGCCGGGAGGCCGUUCGUCGUGUUAUUUUUAAAUGCGUCACGUGCACAAGGCACAAAGCACUACAUCCAACACCCCGUAUGGGUAUCCUGCCUGAAGCUCGUGUCCAUUCAGUUCGCGCGUUUUCGAGUGUCGGCACGGAUUAUGGAGGACCCUACCUCAUUAAAGAAUGUAAAAGACGAAACACGAAAACCACUAAAGUCUACAUUGCGUUAUUUGUUUGUAUGGCUACCAAAGCCAUACAUCUUGAAAUUGUUUCCGAUUUGACAGCCGACGCGUUUCUUGCCGCUCUAGAUAGAUUUGUCGCACGCCGGGGUGUACCAGCACAUGUGUAUUCAGAUUGCGGCACAAAUUAUGUUGGUGCUGCUAGACAGUUAAAACAGAUAUUUCGGGAUAAAAACGUCCAAGCCCAAGUGUCCGCUCAUGUCGUUUGCGAUUGGCAUUUCAAUCCACCUGCCACGCCACAUUUUGGUGGACUCUGGGAGGCGGGCAUCAAAAGCGUGAAGUUCCAUUUGAAACGAGUGAUUGGCACUCAAGUGCUUACCUACGAAGAGUUCGAGACAUUGUGUGUUCGAAUCGAGGGAAUUCUUAACUCACGCCCUCUCACUCCAGCUUCGAUGGACCCACAUGAUCACACCGCCUUGACCCCUGGACAUUUCCUCAUCGGACAACCAAUCAUGGAAGUACCAGAAGUAAACCUCACCGAGGUUCCGAUGAAUCGACUGACACGUUGGCAGCUUCUUCGACAAAUGCAUCAGUCGUUCUGGAAGCGAUGGUCACGGGAGUACUUGAAUACGCUGCAGGGUCGUCAGAAAUGGACUACUAUCCAGGAUAACCUUAAAGUGGGGGAUCUUGUCAUUGUGGAUGCUCCAAAUCAGCCCCCUUCCGCGUGGCGUAUGGGACGCAUUACAGCUGUUCAUCCAGGUCCAGACCAAAUCGUCCGCGUAAUUACCAUCAUCACACAAGAUGGGGAGAUGAAGAGACCGGUGGUCAAAGUUGUUAAACUGCCAACAGAUAAGUAG